UUGUUGAUUAGUUGUCUGGAAUAUGGCAUCAGCAGACAAAUUAGAAAACACGAAAAAGGCAGCAUUUCCUGUCCACCAUACUUAUAAAAACAAAGGACAGAUUCCUUCCUCGGCUAUCAUGAAAACGAAACGUAAAUGGAUACCACCAGAUAAAACGUUUGCUGGUAGCGUGAAAGAAGGACAGGGCUUUGCGUUCCAUAGAAAACAGAAGGUUCAGUAUGAAUACAAGAAACUGCUGCGCAAGGAAAGGAGAGCAAAAUCCCAACCAGUGGUGCAGUACACGGACAGUUACCCGGAGCAUCUGAAGCACUUGUAUCUGGCAGAGGAAGAAAUGAUAAAGAAUGAGGAACAGCAGAAGAAGAAAGAAAGGAGAGCGAGAGAUGUGAACCCCUUGCCAGAAGAGGCAGCUACUCCUGCAAGCACAACUACUGCGGCUACUUCGACUACUUCUGAUACUGAGCCCAAGAGACCUGAUAAAAAAGAACAGAAAUUCAAGAAGACGUCAUACCAAAAGACGAAAGAGGAGUAUGAACGGAUCCAGACCAAGCGUGCCCAAAAGAGACGGGAGGCAGAGAAGAACAAACAACAAAGACAGGAGGCUCUGAGGAUAUACAAGCAAAAGAAAAUGGAAACGUAUCAAAUAUUGAGCAGGAAGACUAAAAAGGGACAGCCUAACCUGAAUGUACAGAUGGAAUAUCUGCUUCAGAAAAUUCAAGACAAUCAGUCCAAGGGAAGCAAGUAACUUGACAAAUGGCUCCCAGUAUAAGAAGGGGCAGUGUAUUGUUCACUGUAUUGUAGUAGUCCUACAUCACAUGGAUUUCCAAAUGUAUCUACUUCCCUUCUGGUUCCAAAUAACAUGGUUGUGAGGAGGGGGGAGGGAGAGGGAGAGGAGGGGGGGAGGAAGGGGGAUGACACAGUUUCCCCUGAUUAUCAGAUUAGGUUUUCUGACACAGAUGCAGCAAGCAAUUUUUAACCAGCAAUUCUGUUAAAAUAUGAUAAAGCAUUGUUGAAAAGAAAACUAUUGUUGCUGCAUCAUAACUAUACCUGGUAUGUAUAUUGUAGGGGUUCUAACUUUUUUUUCUGUACACUGAAGACCAGAAAAUGUGUAUUGUAAACGAGAAAGAAAAAAAUAUAUAUACACUCACUGUUUUGUAAGAUGACAUAUGUAUUAUACUCUUACUUAUGUAUUUUGUUGAUUGCAUAGUAUUGGUGAAUAUUGGCUUUAUUGCUGUGCAUUUCCUCAAUGCAGUCGUUUCAUUCAUUGUUCAUGUCAUUAUCACGCAAAUCAGACAUGUUUAUUUUAGGUUUAUUUUUAAUUUCUUUAUUCUAUGAAAAAAUAAAACACCAUUAACAGUAAA